AUGGAGGCUGCCAUCCGCGCUUACUCUUGGCGCCGCCUCCUCUGCCUUGCUGAGCCGAUCUAUCAGGAGCUCCUCUGGGAGUUCUAUUCCACCUUCGAGCACUUCCAGACCCACAAGGGCGCGCACGGCAACGCCAUUCAGUUUCGACUUGGCAGGGUGUCUUACUCCCUUAGCUAUGAUGACUUCGGUCGGGCAUUGGGGCUCCUUCCACCAUUCGCCUGCCACCUGGCCAUCGAAGAGCCCGACAGUCCCAUCUUUCGGGACCUGCAAUUCUUCGAGAGGAUCUGCCUCCUAGAGUUCGCAGGCAUGUGUUCACACCGGGCUACACCACGGCUACUCAGCUGCACCCAGAGUGGCACAUCCUCAACCAGCUGUUGGGGAAAUCGAACACCACCAGCGAUGGCUCCACCAGUCAUCUUCAGCUUCGCACCUUGCACUGCCUGCACUCCAUCAGCCAGGAGGAAGACAAUCUUCAUUUGUUCUCUCCAUCGCCAGGACGGUCGGCAAGGCUUCUCGCUGUGGUCGUGCUCUGGCUUGUGGGCCGGUAGUCACUGCCCUGGCCCGGUACUUCAACAUCGACCUCUCCGGGUUCACUGUCAUCCUCCCACCCCGACACCCUUCUCCAAGGACACCCUCCGGCGCCAACUGAUACUACUGCGGGACGGGGACGUGACCUGGAUCCGCGGGCUUCCUCGUCCUGUUCCUCGUGCACCAGAGGCCGAGGAUAUCCCCGAGGCGAGCGAUGUUGCCGCUCGUCGGACCACUCGUUGGACCAAUCGUCGGACCACGCCUUCUGCAGCUAGUGCAUCCACUUCUGCUGCCGGCCAGUUUGCUGCUGCACCCACCUCCUACAUUGCUGAGCAGCUGGCAAGCAUUUCUCGCCAGAACGAGCAUAUCCUUGCUGGCCAGGAGCACAUCAACGCCCGACUCGACCGUGAGCAUUACAUGAUGAGCUACUGGAACAUGGACCAUGCUGAUGUUAGCUACCCUUGGGAGGCUUCCUCGGGGCAUGAGGAUUUCUACCCGCAUCGCACUGGCGACGGAGGCGAUGAGAACUAA